CGAAAACGAAGUGCACAAAAAAGCCUACCAAGUCCCAUGGCAUCCACACUCCAUACUUCUCUCCCAUUCCUUUUAUGUCGCUUUGCAUAUAUGGAGAAUAUUUAUUUAUACUCAUCAAUCAAUAACAGGGCCAUCUCAGCUGCUUCAUUUCCAUACCUUCUUCCUCCGUCUGUUAUUUAUUUCGGCUUAACCCAGCACACAAAUCAAGAAACACCCACCCCACCCAUCCCUCGCAUAACCACAUCAUCAUUUUUUUCUCAAUGAGCGUGAUCUGUAGAUAUUGAUGUCGACCCGCACACGCAAACUCGUCAUGUAUAUAAACUCACCCUCUUCUUCUGCAGCCGCAACUUCACUCCUACGAGCUUCAUCUUCCGCCUUGUGCCGCCCCCGCUUUUUCACCUCAGCUUCCCCGCUUCAUAGAGCCGCCCGGAACCACCCGCCGCCUUUGUUUCGCCAGCGGCAGCAUCGGUCCCUGAGCUUCUCGUCCGCUCUGCGGUCGAUCCGUUCCUCCGGUUGGAGUCACGGCAUCGGUUGGAAGUCCCCUGCUAGCCUCUCUGCCCAGAUCAGGACUGCCGCCCCCAUUCUCAGCGAGUUCCAUCGGAAGAUCGCUACUAUGGCAUCUGAAAAUCCGUUCAAAGGCAUCCUUACCAGUCUCCCCAAGCCAGGAGGUGGUGAAUUCGGAAAGUUUUACAGCCUGCCUGCUCUCAAUGAUUCACGGAUCGAUAAGCUGCCCUACUCUAUUAGGAUACUUCUUGAAUCUGCAAUUCGUAAUUGUGACAACUUUCAAGUGAAGAAGGAAGAUGUUGAAAAAAUAAUUGACUGGGAAAGCUCUGCUCCUAAGCUGGUCGAGAUACCCUUCAAGCCAGCCCGUGUGUUAUUGCAAGACUUUACUGGUGUCCCGGCAGUGGUAGACCUAGCUUGUAUGCGUGAUGCUAUGAACAAUCUUGGAAGUGAUUCUGACAAGAUCAAUCCCCUGGUCCCUGUAGACCUAGUUAUUGACCAUUCUGUUCAAGUUGAUGUUGCAAGGACAGAAAAUGCAGUACAGGCUAAUAUGCAGCUUGAGUUCCAGCGAAACAAGGAAAGGUUUGCGUUUCUUAAAUGGGGGUCUAAUGCUUUCCGCAACAUGCUUGUGGUUCCUCCUGGUUCAGGAAUUGUACAUCAGGUGAACUUAGAGUAUCUUGGACGGGUUGUGUUCAACACUGAUGGCUUACUUUAUCCUGAUAGUGUGGUGGGAACCGAUUCCCAUACCACCAUGAUUGAUGGCCUUGGAGUUGCAGGCUGGGGUGUUGGAGGUAUUGAAGCAGAAGCCGCAAUGCUUGGUCAGCCAAUGAGUAUGGUCUUGCCUGGAGUUGUUGGUUUCCAGUUAACAGGGAAGUUGCGCAAUGGUGUCACAGCCACAGAUUUAGUUUUGACCGUUACCCAAAUGCUCAGGAAGCACGGAGUUGUUGGAAAGUUUGUUGAAUUCCAUGGUCAUGGUGUCGGUCAAUUAUCAUUAGCUGACAGAGCAACUAUUGCUAACAUGUCUCCUGAAUAUGGUGCAACUAUGGGAUUCUUCCCCGUAGAUCAUGUUACAUUGCAAUAUCUCAAAUUGACUGGGAGAAGUGAUGAGACUGUUGCCAUGAUUGAGGCGUAUCUUCGUGCAAACAAUAUGUUUGUUGAUUAUAAUGAGCCUCAACAGGAAAGAAAGUAUUCAUCAUCAUUGCAACUAGACCUUGAAGGUGUUGAACCAUGUUUGUCAGGGCCAAAAAGACCACAUGAUCGUGUGCCUCUCAAGGAAAUGAAGUCUGACUGGCAUUCCUGCCUUGAUAACAAAGUGGGAUUCAAGGGAUUUGCUGUGCCAAAGGAGGCACAGGAAAAGGUGGCAAAAUUUUCUUUCCAUGGUCAGCCUGCGGAGCUGAAACAUGGCAGCGUUGUAAUUGCUGCCAUCACAAGUUGCACUAAUACAUCGAAUCCAAGUGUUAUGCUAGGAGCUGGACUUGUGGCUAAAAAAGCCUCUGAGUUGGGUCUACAUGUAAAACCAUGGAUAAAAACCAGUCUUGCCCCAGGAUCUGGAGUUGUGACAAAAUACUUACUCCAAAGUGGGCUGCAGGAGUAUCUAAAUAAGCAAGGUUUCAAUAUUGUUGGAUAUGGGUGCACAACAUGUAUUGGCAAUUCUGGUGAUUUAGAUGAAUCAGUUGGUUCUGCCAUAUCUGAAAACGACAUUGUUGCGGCUGCUGUACUUUCUGGAAACCGUAAUUUUGAGGGUCGUGUUCAUCCCUUAACACGAGCAAACUAUCUUGCCUCUCCUCCUUUGGUGGUCGCCUACGCACUUGCUGGCACAGUUGAUAUUGAUUUUGAAAAAGAGCCCAUUGGAGUUGGGAAGGAUGGUAAGAAUGUUUAUUUCAGGGAUAUAUGGCCAUCAACGGAGGAAAUUGCAGAGGCUGUUCAAUCAAGUGUAUUGCCAGAUAUGUUUAAGAGUACCUAUAAAGCCAUUACUAAAGGUAACCCGAUGUGGAAUGAGUUGUCAAUCCCAGAAGCCAAAUUGUACUCGUGGGACCCAACCUCUACAUAUAUUCAUGAGCCGCCAUAUUUCAAAGGCAUGACCAUGGACCCACCAGGGCCACAUGGUGUGAAGGAUGCCUAUUGCUUGUUGAAUUUCGGGGACAGUAUAACCACAGAUCACAUCUCACCUGCUGGAAACAUUCACAAGGACAGUCCGGCUGCCAAGUUCCUCCUGGAGCAUGGGGUGGAUCGCAAGGACUUCAACUCUUAUGGCAGUCGGCGUGGCAAUGAUGAAAUUAUGGCAAGGGGUACUUUCGCCAAUAUCCGUCUGGUAAACAAACUGCUGAAUGGAGAAGUUGGCCCCAAGACAAUUCAUAUCCCCACGGGCGAGAAACUCUAUGUGUUCGAUGCUGCUAUGAGGUACAAGUCUGCUGGGCAGGCUACCAUAAUAUUGGCUGGAGCAGAGUAUGGAAGUGGAAGUUCCAGAGAUUGGGCUGCCAAGGGACCAAUGUUGUUGGGAGUAAAAGCUGUGAUUGCCAAAAGCUUUGAGAGGAUACACCGGAGUAACUUGGUAGGGAUGGGUAUUAUUCCUUUAUGUUUCAAGGCUGGAGAGGAUGCCGAAACACUGGGAUUGACUGGGCAGGAGUGUUACUCUAUUGAUCUCCCCAGCAAUAUCAGCGACAUACGUCCUGGGCAGGAUGUGACUGUUCAAACUGACACUGGCAAAUCUUUCACCUGCACAGCGCGGUUUGAUACUGAGGUGGAGUUGGCAUAUUUCAAUCAUGGAGGUAUUCUGCCGUAUGUUAUUCGUCAGUUGACUAAGCAAUGAAUGAGCUACCCCACCUACAUCUGUUGGAUCGAGAAGCUCAACCGGGGAAAAAAUAAAUUUGAUUAAUUGUCUCAAUUAUUGCUAAUAUAAAAUAAUAUUUCAUUCAGAUAAACGUUCCUUCUCGCAUGUAUGGUGCUGGACCACCAUAUGCUUGAGCAUACAUACAUAUAUAUUUGAAGGAUUUUGACAUUUUGUUGGGGAAAAAAAUAUUAUUCAUGUAAUAGGAAAUUAGGAAUGCGACAACAAUUUUUCCAACAUCUCCCUCGUAUGAUUGAAUGGUCU